CGGCAGCCUCAAAGGCUCAAUUCACGCAGAACGCGGACUUUGGAAGCUAGUUAGUGAUGUGGCUAACCCAGGUUUUUAACGUCCUCAGUCAUAUUUUAGCAAAACACUGCCUGGAAAAAAAUAAUAACACAUGAUAUCAAUGCGGGCAUUAUAUCAUUUUUGACUCGAGUAUUUUGAAAGAUAAGUUCAGUAGCAUAAACAGCCAUGGCUGCUCAGUAUGUUUUGGGCAUGGAUCUGGGAACCACCUCCAUCAAGGUGGUGCUGCUGGAUUCGCAGUCAAAGAGCGUAACGGACAGCUGCGCUUUCCCCACCAACUCGGAUGUCAACAACGAAGAGGUUGAACACGCCAAGGAGCAGGACCCUGCACGAAUAAUCUCCACUCUUGACCGGUGCGUGGCUGCCCUUCCCAAGGAGAAGCUGAAUAAGGUCAUAUGUAUUGGGGUGUCGGGACAGAUGCAUGGGGUCGUGUUCUGGAAGUCUAAAACAGGUUGCAAAUGGUCCAGCAGUGAUGCAAGUCACACAUUCAUACCUCAAGAUGUGAGUCGUCUGGUCACGUGGCAGGAUGGACGCUGCAGCAGUGACUUCCUCUCGUCACUACCCAAACCGGAGUCUCACCUGAUUGUGGCCACUGGAUUUGGCUGCGCCUCCAUCUUCUGGUACACCAAGCACAGGCCAGCGUUCCUUUCAGAGUUCAGCGUGGCUGGGACCAUCCAGGAUUAUGUGGUCUCCAUGCUGUGCGGCUCCGAGGGCUGCAUCAUGACUGGGCAGAACGCUGCUAGCUGGGGCUACUUCAACACCCCCAACAACCAAUGGAACUUGGAGAUACUGAAAGGUGCUGGCUUCCCUGUGCACUUGUUGCCUGUGCCUGUGGAAUCUGGAUCUAUAGCUGGACGGACCUGCUCAGAAUGGCAUGGAAUCCCUGCUGACACUCCUGUUGGAGCGGCCCUGGGAGACUUCCAGUGCAGUGUCUACUCCUGUAUGAGGGACAAGGCUGAUGCAGUACUAAACCUGAGCACUUCAGCUCAGCUGACGUUUGCCAUGCCAGCUGACUUCACUCCUCCAACAGCACCAGACCCUGUUUCCCCCAUCGCGUACUUCCCUUACUUCCACAACACCUACCUGGCAGUGGCUGCUUCACUCAACGGAGGCAACGUCAUGGCAACGUUUGUAGGAAUGCUGACUUCUUGGAUGAAAGAAUUUGGAGUGGAGCUGAGCGAGUCCAAAGUGUACUCCACACUGGUCCAGUGUGCCCUGACCCAACCCAGCACUGACCUGUGCGUGACCCCGACCCUGCUGGGCGAGAGGCACGACCCCACCAGCCUCAGCCUGGUCUCAAACAUCUCCCCCACCAACCUCUCACUGGGUCAUGUGACUCGCGGCAUUUGCAAAGGGAUUUUAGCUAACCUUGCCACCAUGAUGCCCCCUCAGAUGCUGUUGGCUGCAGGAGUGAAAAGGAUUAUGGGUAGUGGGAGUGCUUUGUCUCGUAACCAGGUCUUGAAGCAGGAAGUAGAGCGAAUGUCCCCCCUGCCUGUGGUCUAUGGGGAGGAUGUGGACUCAGCAGUUGGUGUAGCAAUGGUUUUUAAUGACAGACUGUGAGAAGAUACAGCACGUAGCAUUAGCCACAGUGUUCGCUGUAAGCACGUAACAAUACCUCAGUGGCUAUGUUUACAUCCAAUAAUGUGACGAGUCGGUUGAUCGGAAUAAAAAGCUUUCAUGUACUCACCUAAAUCAGGAUAUAGUUUUCCAGUUGAGCUUAAUCAGAAUGGAAUUCUAUCCGAUGGAAAGAUUUGGUGUACACUUUUAAUAUUCUGUUAAAUGAAAGGAUAACAAUCAUGUAAACAUACUUUCACAGUCUGAAUCCUUGCGUACUUGGUAGGGGUGUAACAGUACUCUUAUUUUCUGAUUUUUAAUUAAGAGCGUGAUUCAUUUUUUGAUGUGUUAAUACUGUCUUGAUUGUGUUGAGCUCUAAUUCAGUACUACACAAGCAGGUUUUCCAUCUACCAGUUUUUUGUGAAUUUUGAAAAAAUGAAAUUCGAAAAAUAUUCCAAAAAAGUUUUACACUAAGACAAGGUGAGAAAGUUAGAAUAUCAUCAACGCCAGAAUGCGAAAAAGAGUGAUGGAAAAAAGUUUUUCGAAUAAAUGAUGACAUAUCAAGCUAUAA